ACCAACUGGUGCUGGACCCACAGAACAUUUUCAUGGUUAAUGUUCAGAGGGCUGGACUCCUUCUAUUGCUUUAUUAUAGGAGUGAACUACUUAUAUGUUUUUUCUUACAGCUGAACAACUCACAGGGUGAUCUGCUCUUGUCUCAUCUGUUUCAACAUUAAGACUUCAGGUUUUCAAGGAUCGCCAUGGAGAAUCCAUUGGAUAUUGAAUUAACUGAAGAAAUUAAAGAAGCUCUUCAAAACAGUGAUCAAGCCUUAGCUGCUGCAAAGAUCCAGGAGUAUUUAGAGAAGGGGAAAAACAUUCCACUAAAUAUUGCCAUCACAGGAGAGUCUGGCUCUGGUAAAUCCACCUUUGUUAAUGCCUUUAGAGGCAUAGACAACAAGGAUGAGAGAUCUGCUCCUACUGGUUGUGUAGAAACCACCUUAGAGGUUACAGAAUACCCCCAUCCUAACUAUCCUAAUGUUACACUAUGGGAUCUUCCUGGUGUCGGAACCAUGAAGUUUCCAGCUGACGAGUACCUGAAUCAUGUUGGAUUUGAAAAGUUUGACUUCUUCAUCAUUACCUCAGCAAAUCGCUUCACAGAAAAUGAUGUGAAACUCGCUGUGGAGAUUCAGAAGAUGAAAAAGAAGUUCUACUUUGUUCGCUCAAAGAUUGAUGAGAACUUAAGAGCUGCGGAAAGAAGUCAGAGGGAGUUCAAUGAAAAAAAUACUCUGGCACAAAUCAGGGAAAACUGCAUUCAAGGUCUUCAAAAACAAAAUAUCUCGUCCCCACAAGUCUUCCUGAUCUCCAGCUUUGAUCUCCACCUGUAUGAUUUCCAUCUGUUAGAGGAGACCCUGGAGAGAGAACUUCCUGAACACAAGAGGAAAGCUCUGCUGUUUGCCAUGCCCAACAUCAGCCUGGAGAUCAUCAACAAGAAGAAAAUGGCUUUUCAGGACAAAAUAAAACACUGUGCAACUCUAUCUGCAGCUGUUGCCGCUGUACCAGCUCCUGGGCUUUCUGUUGCUGUUGAUGUAGCCUUGCUGGUUGGUGUUGUCACACAAUAUGUGCUUGGGUUUGGUCUUGAUAUCCCGUCACUGCAGAGACUUGCAGAAACCACACAUGUGCCAUUUCAGGAUUUGAUAGAUGUCAUUAUUUCACCAUUGGCUGCAAAAAACAUUCAAAACAUUAAUGUAGACCUUAUCAUGAAGCUGCUUCUUCAAUGUGCAACCACAGCUGGAUUAAUGGUAGCAGAGGAAGGGUCCAGAUUCAUUCCAGUUUUAGGAAUCCCAGCAUCAAUGGGCCUCUCUUUUAUGACAACCUACAAAGGUCUCAACGCUUUCCUUGACAUGCUUGCUGAGGAUGCACAGAGGGUGUUUAAAAGGGCCCUGGGUUUGAACACCUCAGUGUGACUUAAUGGCACAUUUAAAACUGCAACGUACAAAAGAGCAAAAUCACAAUUUUGUAUACCAGCUGCAUAUUUUAGAAAACGUGAUUCAUGCAGCAACAAAUCUAACACUUUUUACUGCUUAACAGCCACUUAAAACAUGUAUUGUCUCUUUAUCCUCACAAUAAAAGCCAUAUUAUGCUAUUUUUAUGUAAAACAGCA